CUCAGCAAUGAAGCCUUCCCCCCUGCACGCUAACACUUGCACCCGCCUGCACCGCCUGUGCACCGAGCGGUACCGAACCUGACCGACUGGACUAAUUCACUGGACCCUGCGACCAGCACGCGCGGACCACCUCCCUGCUUCACCAGAACCUCCUCCUCCUCAUCCUCAUCGUCACCCUCCUCAUCUUCCUCCAUGGAUGCAAAGGCGUCAAGUUCGGAGAAGUCUCAGCUGAUCCACGACAAGAACCGGAAGACCUACUGCGAGCGCGUGCACAGUUCCUUCCCGGACUCAAGCGAGCACUUCCCCGACUUCGCGUUCAAGAAUGGCGGCACGGCGGGCAGCGUGGAUCUCCCGCGGCCGGCCGCUGCCCACUGCCACCGCCGUGCGGCGCCGUCAGCGGGCAGCGAGGACGGCGGCGGAGAAGACGCCGUGCUGGCUAAGAAGAAACUAUACAUCGCAUCCGCCAUAUGCCUGGUCUUCAUGAUUGGUGAAAUCAUCGGAGGGUACCUGGCCCACAGCUUGGCCAUCAUGACGGAUGCGGCCCACCUGCUGACUGACCUGGGCAGCAUGCUGGUGAGCAUCUUCUCCCUGUGGAUCUCCUCCAGACCCCCUACCAAGACCAUGACCUUCGGAUGGCACCGCUCAGAGAUCCUGGGGGCCUUUUUGUCCGUCAUGUCCAUCUGGAUGGUGACGGGCGUCCUGGUCUACUUGGCCAUCGAGAGGAUUGUCCGCGCCGACUAUGAGAUCGAGGGUCACGUGAUGCUGCUCACCUCCGCCUUCGCCGUCGUCGUCAACAUCCUCAUGGCGUACAUCCUGCACCACUCCACCACCUUCCACACCCACGGUCGCGGCUACCGGCAAAUCGAGGAGCACGCCCGGAGCCCUCAGGCCCCUCACGGCCACGCCCUGCUGGGCGGCCCCCACGGCACCACCAGCGUGCGGGCGGCAUUCAUCCACGUGGUCGGAGACCUGCUGCAGAGCGUCGGCGUCAUGGUGGCCGCCAUCGUCAUCUAUUUCCGGCCUGAGUACAAAGUGGCCGAUCCCAUCUGCACUUUCCUGUUCUCCAUCUUUGUUCUGUGCACCACCGUCACCAUCCUCAGAGACGUCUUCAGGAUACUCAUGGAAGGUUCUCCCAAAGGCAUCGAGUUCAAGUCAGUGAAGGAGGUUCUGCUGUCGGUGAAGGCGGUCCGCUCGGCCCACUCGCUGCACCUGUGGGCGCUCACGCUGGGACAGACGCUGGCCUCCGUACACCUGGCCGUCGACGAGGGCGCCGACACGCAGUCGGUCUUGCAGGAGGCCACCGAGCUUCUUCGCGCCAAGUUUGGCUUCCACAGCGUCACCAUCCAGGUGGAACGCUACCACAACGACAUGCAAAACUGCAGACUUUGCCAGGAUCCCUGGGACUGAGUGACCCCCCCCCCCCCCCCCCCAAAAAAAAUAAUUCUCCACAAAUUCACAACUUGUGAGCAUUUGGACCCCGGAAUGUCCAUCAAUGUCUCCGCUAAAACCAAAACAGUCAUCAAAAUCACCUAUUUUUGCAAAAUCCAACGAACAUGGGUUUCCUUCAUCCAUCCAUCCAUCCAUCCAUUCUCUACCGCUUAUCCGGGUCGGGUCGCGGGGGCAGUAGCUUCAGCAGGGACGCCCAGACUUCCCUCUCCCCAGCCACUUCAUCCAGCUCUUUCCUUCAUUUCUAACUAAAUAAUAUAUCACUACUUCGUAUCGUCGCUGUCGGGCAGAAACUUUGUAUGUCCAAAUAUGGUCAAUUUCAUAUUUGAUCACAAAAUCGAUACUGUUGGUCUAUCCCCGUGUCAUGUGUUAUUUUUACGCAUUAUUAACCAAUUCAGUGUUGAAAACAGUUCCCGUGAACACUCAACUGUCUGAGAAGUGUUGUCUUCCCUCACUUUGCGGGAGCCGUGCGGAAUUAUGUCGCCUCAAGAUUGAAAUGGUAAUGAUGAUGAUGUACCAUUUCAAUACCAUUACCAUUUAUUUAUUGUUUAAAUUUAAAGGGCUGCGCCCCAUAACAAGAAAAACACCAAAGCAACUAAACACUUCAUUUUGGGAUCAAGCAACCGGGACGCUUCGUUAUAUGCACCAGCGAAAUGACAUUCGCGAAGGACAAAAUAUUAGGAACAGCUCCAUGUGCGAUGCAGUACACUAUUAAUACCAAUCAAAAAUGGGAUAAUUAUUCAUGUUGGACAUCAUCAGCUGGUGUUCCUAACAAAAUGUCCGUUUAUGUCUUUAGAAAAUACAUAUUUGUCCACAAGUGCAAUUGAAUCGGCCGGUUCAUGUCAGUGGUUGUUUGUUGUGUUGUGUUCAAAGCAUGUUGUGUGUUUUUUUUUUUUUUUUUUUCUCGAUGCCGCACAAAGACAAUUGAAAAUCAUUUCGUAAAAAAAAAAGAAUCAUCAAUAAAGCUUGCUCAUUCCCCCCCUUUUAACGUACCCAGCGAGUACAACUCGCGAUUCCAAGAUGUCUGACAUCCAGUAAAUAUUCAAUUGUUUUGUGUUUGGAACAGGAAGCGAAGCCGCACUCAAGAGGGAAUUUUCAUUUUGUAAUUAUCAUUUCACAAAAAGCCAACAAGCUGUUCUUUGAAACUGAUCCAUUUUAUGCUUGCAUGGUCGUCAGCUGUGAGUCUCUAAAUCGUGCUCAAGUGGCAAUCACACACACACACACACACACACACACACACACAGUGAAUGUAACGAUGUGGUUUCUGAUUUUUGUGGAUGCUUCGUGUUGUGUUGUUUGUGUAAAUAUUUCGUGUACAUGUGUAAAUACACUUUCAACAUUGUGUACAAACACUUUUGUCUGCGUGACGUUUACGUGAUGUCAAUUUUUUGUAACGUCACAAAAUAAAAAGA